AUGUAUCCAACACGAAUUGUUAAUGCUUUGCAUAAACACGUUCCACUUAUUAAAUUUCUUGGACCAAGAAGUAAACUUCACAAAGGAGAAAUCGUUGAAGAAGUUCAAAAACUACAUCCGGCAGCGCAAAGUGGAACCAAGACUUCAUUUUCUUCUGCACAAAAGCAAUCAAAUAAUAGUAAAUCAAUUUAUAUGGAUUAUUCACAAUUACCCGAAAAAUAUAAGAGAAAAGGACCUUCGCUUGAGGAAAUAGAUGUGAUCGAUCUUGGCGGAGCUGAUCAUGUAAUUCGAUAUAAAGGUUAUUGA